AAACAAUUAAAGUAUUAACUCGCAAAGCUCCGAGCUUUCAACACUCCAUUCACAAUUACUACUACAACCUUACAACCUUACAACCUAUUCACCAAGAUUGUAUACAUAACUAAAUACCCGAGGUAUACUUACAAGUCACAUAUAUGCCCACACGGGUUGUACGUUGUAGUAAAAUUUUGGGUCGAUAAAAUAGAUCUCGGCCAAUACCCUCCAAACAAGUCUCUCGAGAUAAUACCUUACUUCCUGAAAUAUUCUUUGACGCUAUUCCCUUAAAAGUCGUCUGUGCCUCCGAAUCCAAGGUCUUGACGGCGGAGGAGUACCGCACGCACCACUACCGACCAUGCCUCAGCCCCUGAGUUCGAAAGAGAAUUCUCUCUUUCGACAAGUUAUACGCAAUUAUGAAGACAAACAGUACAAGAGGGGGUUAAAGGCCGCCGAACAGAUUCUCAAGAAGAACCCCAAACAUGGAGACACAAUGGCCAUGAAGGCCUUGAUCAUCAAUCAGCAAGGAAAGACCGAAGAAGCUUUCGCGUUAGGGAAGGAAGCAUUAACAGCCGAUAUGAAAUCCCACAUAUGCUGGCACGUAUACGGCUUGUUAUACCGACAUCAAAAGAACUUCGAGGAAGCUAUCAAGGCAUACAAGUUCGCUUUGAAGCUCGAGCCCGAAUCCUCCCAGAUUCAGAGAGAUCUUGCCUUCCUCCAGGUUCAGAUGCGGGACUACCAAGGCUACAUACAAAGUAGAACCGCUAUGCUCCAAGCUAGGCCACAAUUGAGACAGAACUGGACCGCCCUCGCCGUUGCUCAUCACUUAGCCGGUGACCUUGCCCAAGCCGAGAAGGUUCUAAUAACGUACGAGGACUCGUUGAAGGUCCCCCCUUCUAAAACCGAUUACGAGAACUCCGAAGCUGUCAUGUAUAAGAACUCGAUUAUCGCCGAGAUGCAGGAAUACCAGAGAGCUUUAGAUCAUCUAGAGUCCAUUGCCAAAAAUAACCUCGACCGCUUAGCUGUUUUAGAGCUCCGCGCUGAAUAUCUGUCGAAGCUUGGAAGGAAGGAAGAGGCCAUUGAAGCUCAUCGUGCUCUACUUGACCGGAACUCGGAACAUCCCGUCUACUACACCAAUCUCAUAGGGAUAUUAGAUAUUGAUGCCGACAACUUGUUGGCGCGAAAGGCAGUUUACGAUGAAUAUGCUGAAAAGAACCCCCGGUCUGAUGCUGCUAAGCGACUACCCUUGGAUUUUCUCGUCGGUGACGAUUUUCGGGAAGCGGCCCAAAAGUAUUUAGCGUUUAUGCUAGACAAGGGGGUUCCUUCAACCUUUGCAAACCUCAAGCAUCUCUACACUGAUACGUUCAAGAAAGAUACACUAGGAGCACUUGCACAGGAGUACCUGGAGUCGAAACGUGCAUCUUCUAGCGAGGGUGAAGCCGUGAAUGGAGAUGCCUUAAAGGGAGAACCAGCGGCAUUAUACUACCUUGCGCAGCAUUACAACUACCACUUGAGCCGCGACCUUUCGAAGGCUAUGGAAUACGUGGAUAAAGGAAUCGAGUUACUACCCAGCAACGUCGAGUUUCACAUGACCAAGGCUAGAAUAUGGAAACACUACGGCAACACCCAAAAAGCUUCUUCGACCAUGGAUCAAGCCCGCCUGCUCGACCUGAAAGACCGAUAUAUCAAUACCAAGGCAGCAAAAUACCAGCUUCGGAACAAUGAGACUGAUAUUGCCUUGCAAACGAUGGGUCUCUUUACUAGAAACGAUUCCCCGGGUGGUCCUUUGAAUGACCUACUCGACAUGCAGAGUGUAUGGUACUUGACAGAAGAUGGAGAAGCUUGGGUACGCAACGGGAACGUAGGGCUGGCCUUGAAACGCUUUCAUUCCGUGUACAACAUAUUCGACGUGUGGCAGGAAGAUCAAUUCGAUUUCCACAGCUUUUCUCUGCGUAAGGGGCAGAUUCGCGCAUACGUUGACAUGAUUCGCUGGGAGGACCACCUUCGCGAGCAUCCAUUCUAUACUCGUGCCGCCCUCGGAGCUAUCGCAGUCUAUUUAAGCAUGCACGACAACAGCCAGAUGGUCAAUGGAGUAGAUGGAUCGGGUGCCAACGGGGAGGAAGCCGCGGAAAGGAAGAAGGCAGCGAAGAAGGCUAAAAAGGAAGCACAGAAAGCCGAGCGAGAAGCCGCCGAGCGGGCGGCCAAGCAAGACCCCAACAAAUCGAAGGGGGCUGCCGCUGAGCCCGUCAAGAGGGAUGAUGACCCAUAUGGGCUGAAACUGGCCGCGACAAGUCAGCCAUUAGUUGAAGCUACGAAGUUCCUCGCACCCAUUCUUCAAUUCAGUCCUAAGUACAUUGAUGGGCAAAUUGCUGGUUUCGAGGUCUUCAUGAGGAGAGAAAAAUACCUCCUUGCCCUUCGGUGCUUAAAUGCUGCACUGUCUAUAGAGGCAGACAAUCCUACUAUCCAUGAACAAGUCGUUCGAUUCCGUCAAAUUCUCAACUCGAAGAUCGAAUCUCUGCCACCCAAGGUCGCGGAAGCACUCAAAUCUGAAUUCACUGCAGUUGAUGCUUCAGCAGAUUUGAAGAAAUAUAAUGCUGAUUUCUUAGAGAAGCAUAGUGAUAGCCCAUCUCACCUCAUUGCAGCCUGCAAGAUUGAAAGAUCGCUAGGAGAAGAUAAAAGCAAAGCCGAAAAAGACAUCACAAAGGUACUGGCUCUCAAGGAUGUGCAACACGACCAUGCAGCCGAGGUCUGGGCUCUUCUGAGGCAGUGGCGUAGCAGUGAGGCAGAGGCUUUCAAGACGGCCGCCCACGAAAAGUGGCCAGAAGUUACGGCAUUCUACUAGGUACCCAUUUUUAGACUGAGCUUCCUAGACUGCAUAGCUAAGGCGAUCACUUUACUGGUCUAUCUUUCGAGCAAUCUUUGGCGAGGAAUUAUUAGAAGGUCAUCAUGCAUUGUAUGUGAGUCUGGAGGAAAAUAUCUAAGUACGAGUAGAUAUGGCUUGCAUAUUACCGCAUCGCGUAUCAAUUUCGAACCCUGCCUAGAUAGGAUUUGACUACUACCUAGAGCAUGAAAACGGGGUCGGUAGGGAAAAUAAAGCGAAUACAUCAUGGAUGUAGAAAUGCUAGGCUUAGAGUAGCUCAUUCAGGGAGGUUCUCAUGUUGCAUGAGAACUUCUCACAAUAAAAAGAGAGAAAUAUGAAAACUUGUAGUCAAACUUGGCUUGUCUGCUUGAUUGAUUACUCCGGUUAGAGCCUCUGUUGGCGUGUGAGUAGAUGAAGAUGGCCUCAUGUGUAGGCAUAAGUGGCUAUUAAAAUUCUG